AUGGGAGCUCGUCAAUCGUAUCUCUACAUAUAUUUAAAUUCUAAGGAUAAGGAAUAUGACGAAUCAGGAUGCAAGGUUAAACCUAAGAAAACCGUUGUUAACGGAUCUAUAGACUUCGAAGUUGUAACUUACACAAUCGAAUAUAAAGGUGAUAGUUCCUAUUACGACAUUUACAUAUAUGACAGUAAAGAAACGGUUUAUAAUGGUUAUUACAUCUUUGGUUAUUGUUCCCCUAGAACACAUCAAGUUGCCAAUAAAGUUGAAGUAUACUAUUCUGUUUUAGCACCAGACAAGCCAUUAGUCAUUUCUUUUGUUACAAACAGCCAAAAAUAUAAUUGUAUAUAUGACGAUUUAAAAUAUGCCAGAUGGAAUUGGGCUUCAUACAUUACUGAACAUACUUUUAAUGAUGAUCUGGUAACCAAGUUGAAGAAACAAUAUAGGAAGUUGAAUUUGAAUAAAACAAUAGAAUUUGAUGAUGGAUCUAAGGAAACUAAAGAUGUCACGUCAUAUAAACAAAAAAUAGACGAUGAAUCGUACAGAAUUAUUUACACACCAAAAGGCCGCGAAUCUGUUUUGAAUAGUAAUUGUUUAUUUAGUUCUGACAAUAAAUUUGCUGAUGAUAAUAUACCUUCUGAAGUUAAAAGUGGUUGUAAAGAUAUUCCUUCUAACGAGAAAAAAAAUAAAAUUGAUCCUUACAGUCUAACUUCUGUUAAAGGGCGCUUUUUUGAUGGAAUUAUAGUAUACUUUGCCAAGGAUAAUGGUCAACCUAUAGACAAUAAAGAUAAUAGUGAUAAACAUAUGGCGUUAUACUUGGAGUUUAUUGAUUUGCGUAAUAAAGACAUAUGCCUUAAGAGAAAGGAUAAAGAUGGUUGUUGGUGGGCUGAGGAAUCAGAAGAUUACACUGAUAAUACAUCUUUGGGACCUAAAUUGAAGCAACUAAAAGCUGAAGUUAAUAAAAAUGAUAAAAGUACUAUUAUUCUUGAUGUUAAGGUGUCAUACACUGGUGUUAUUGUUAAAAAUGGCGAAAGUAAACAAGCUUACAUGAAAUAUACACACGAAUUUACAACAGAUAAGGAUCAUAAUUUCAUGUUUGGGAGGAAAACUAUAACCAUCGGUUCAGCAACUGAUUCAUAUGGCAAAUCAAAAAAUGUAGAAGUGUACUAUUUGAAAGCUAGUGGUAAAGAGGACGAGCAGCCCUUUUUAAUUGUGUUGAUAACAAAUGGUCAAGAAAAAGAAAAAAACAAGAAAGCAUACUACUUUAACAAUACAGAUAAAUUUGACGAUUGGAAAAUAUUUAACAAUGAAAAGCCGGAAGAAUUGAAAAAAAAACUAGACGAAAAAUUAAACAAAAUCGAAAAUCAAUUAAAUUGCGUAAAGGAUUUAAGAUUAGUUCGGCUGAUGGCUCAUCAAAUUUUGAUUAGUGAAGAACCUAAACCUCCAGACAUAAAAGAGGCGACGACGCCGAAAAGACCAGAUUUGGAAACACCAGGACCAACAACUCAACCUCCCAAUUGGUGGUUGAUCAUAGGAUGUAGUGUAGGAGGGUUUCUCUUACUAGUGGCUUUGGUUGUUGGUUAUUGUAUCUAUUGGUACAACACAACCAUCAAACUCUUGACAUAG